UCUCCGCUGCAGCUGCACCGUCACGCGCGUCAUGGGCAUCGAUCAGCACAUCCGGGUCCCGCCGGCCUCGUCGUCCCGGACACUGCGGCUGUGAAAGCCAUGACGUCUCCUCGCGCGCUCGGGACGGACGUCUUGCGGCGCGCGCCUCCCGCUGCAGUUGCGCCCUCCGCGCUGGUCUGACCGGUUCUGCCGGUUCUGCCGGUUCCGCUGAGAGGAAGCUGCAGCUGCAGCGCUUUGAUCAUGAGUCUGGGGGAGCUGCCCAUGGAGAGCUGGAUGUCCCACCUGCCCAGCGCCCUGUGGGACACGCCCCUCUGUCACCUGGCCAUCCCAGGGAGUCAUAACGCCAUCACCUACUGUCUGGACGCCGGGUCCCCGGUGGACCUCACGCAGCCGGAGCUGCUCCAGAAGCUGGACCGCUACAUGAAGCCUCUGAUCCGCCCCUUUGUGUACAAGUGGGCCAUCACCCAGGAGAACCCCAUCAAGCAGCAGCUGGACUCGGGGGUCCGGUACUGUGACCUGAGGAUCGCCCAGCGGCCCAACGACAGCUCCACCGAGCUGUACUUCUACCACGGCGUGUACAGCACGCUCAGCGUGGAGAGCGUCCUCCUGGAGAUCCGCGAGUGGCUGGACGCUCGUCCCAGAGAGGUGGUCAUCCUCUCCUUCAGCCACUUCCUGGGCCUGAGCCAGGAGCUGCACCUGCUGCUGCUCAGCACCAUACGGGACGUCUUCAGCUCCAGACUCUGCCCCAAGAUGGAGGCGUUGACCCUCAGGAACUUGUGGUCUUCUGGCCACAGCGUGAUCGUGUCCUACGAGCACGACCUCUCCAGCUGCCACGCCGACCUCUGGCCUCACAUCCCGUACUGGUGGGCCAACAAGUGCGGAGCUGAGGCCCUCAUCCAAGAAUUUGAGGACAGGAAGCAGCACGGCAGACCAGGAGGUUUCUUCGUCACGGGCCUCAACCUGACGGGGGACCUGAGGUACAUCUGCACCCACCCCACCGAGUCCCUGAGGGACCUGGUGACCUCCACCUACCCGGCGCUGCUCAGCUGGGUCCAGCAGCAGAGCCCCGGCCCGCGGGUCGGCUCGCUCAACAUCAUCGCCGGGGACUUCAUCGCCGAGAGCCGCUUCGUCCCCACCGUCGUGACGCUGAACGAGAAACUCCUGAAGCGGUCCUGAUGAAACCCCUGAAGUGGUCCUCAUGAAACCCCUGAAGUGGUCCUGAUGAAACUCCUGAAGCGGUCCUGAUGAAACCCCUGAAGUGGUCCUCAUAAAACCCCUGAAGUGGUCCUCAUGAAACCCCUGAAGCGGUCCUGAUGAAACCCCUGAAGCGGUCCUCAUGAAACCCCUGAAGCGGUCCUCAUGAAACCCCUGAAGCGGUCCUCAUGAAACCCCUGAAGCGGUCCUGAUGAAACCCCUGAAGUGGUCCUCAUGAAACCCCUGAAGCGGUCCUGAUGAAACCCCUGAAGCGGUCCUGAUGAAACCCCUGAAGCGGUCCUCAUGAAACCCCUGAAGCGUUCCUGAUGAAACCCCUGAAGCGGUCCUCGUGAAACCCCUGAAGCGGUCCUGAUGAAACCCCUGAAGCGGUCCUCAUGAAACCCCUGAAGCGGUCCUCGUGAAACCCCUGAAGCGGUCCUCAUGAAACCCCUGAAGCGGUCCUGAUGAAACCCCUGAAGCGGUCCUCAUGAAACCCCUGAAGCGGUCCUCGUGAAACCCCUGAAGCGGUCCUCAUGAAACCCCUGAAGCGGUCCUGAUGAAACCACUGAAGUGGUCCUCAUAAAACCCCUGAAGCGGUCCUGAUGAAACCACUGAAGUGGUCCUCAUGAAACCCCUGAAGUGGUCCUCAUGAAGCCCCUGAAGCGGUCCUGAUGAAACCACUGAAGUGGCCCUCGUGAAACCCCUGAAGUGGUGGAUCACAGCAUGAUCUCUGAAGCACUUGAAUGUUUUAGAUCUUAUAAACUUGUCUGGAGGUUCUGUACAUUUCAUUCUUUGUGUUCGGUUCUCUCGUUAUGCAACGCUCCGGCUCCUCACAGGUGGUCCAUGUUCUGGUGACCAGCAAUAAUAACACCACUGAGCUCACCUGGACACUUGAAGAGGAGGCUCAGGUGAUGAAGGAGCGCCUCCAACGCACUGGACACUUUUAUAAGGAGCUCUGUAGAUAUUCACACGCUUCAGCUUCAUGCAGCGCUGCAUGGACUCAUCCGCAUGAAGCCACUGUUCUCCCUCUCACCGGGUCUCACCUGCAGCCGCCAGGUGAGACCCGGUGAGACCCGGUGAGACCAGGUGAGACCAGGUGAGACCCGGUGAGACCAGGUGAGACCAGGUGAGACCAGGUGAGACCAGGUGAGACCAGGUGAGACCCGGUGAGACCCUGUGAGACCAGGUGAGACCCGGUGAGACCAGGUGAGACCAGGUGAGACCCGGUGAGACCCGGUGAGACCAGGUGAGACCCUGUGAGACCAGGUGAGACCAGGUGAGACCCGGUGAGACCAGGUGAGACCAGGUGAGACCCGGGGUCCGCUGCACCGCUGUGCCUGUGUCACAAUAAAAAUGAACCUUU